AUGAGGAGCACAUCUCUCGACGCCCUCCUGCUCCUCGGCACCGCCCUCGCCCCCGCCGUCUCCGCCGCCGAGUCGGCGCGGCCGCGGGGCGUCGGCCCCGAAUUCGCCAAAUUCUACAAAGAUGCCGACAAAUUCACCUGCAUCUCCAACCCGGCCAUCACCCUCUCCGUCGCGCAGGUCAACGACGACUACUGCGACUGCCCCGACGGCUCCGACGAGCCCGGCACCGCCGCGUGCUCCUACCUGUCGCCCUCGUCGCCGCGGCACGCCUCGAGCCCCAACGCCGAGGACCCGAACAUCACGCUGGCGCUGCCGGGCUUCUACUGCAAGAACAAGGGCCACCAGCCCGGCUACCUGCCGUACACGGCCGUCAACGACGGCAUCUGCGACUACGACCGGUGCUGCGACGGCAGCGACGAGUGGGACGGCGUCGGUGGCGUGCGCUGCGAGGACCGCUGCACGCAGAUCGGCGCCGAGUGGCGCAGGCAGGACGAGGCCCGCCAAAAGUCUCUAGCCGCCGCCAGCCAGCGCCGCAAGGAGCUCGUCGUCGAGGCCGCCCGCCUGCGCCGGGAGGUCGAGGACCGCCUGCAGACGCUGCGCACCGAGAUUGAAGGGUCCGAGAUGAGAGUCGCGGACUUGGAGCGGGAGUUCGCCGACGUCGAGCAGCAGGAGAGGGCCAAGGCGGCGAAGCGCGGGAAGAAGGGCCAAGGCAAGUUUUCGCAGCUCGCGGGCGUCGCGAGGCAGCGGGUCGAGGACCUGCGGGAUGCGUUGGCGAGGGUGCGGGGCGAGCGCGAUGCCGGCCGCGAGAGGAUUGCAGAGUUGGAGCAGAUCUUGUCGACGUUCAAGGAGGAGUACAACCCCAACUUCAACGACGAGGGCGUCAAGCGUGCCGUCAAGGCUUGGGAAGACUACGCCGCCCGGGACAAGGGCCCUGACGGCGAUGCUGCUCACGAUCGGGACAUCGAUGAGUAUCUCAAGCCUGAGAUCGAAGGCCUGAACUGGGAGGACUUCGACUCCGAUGAGAGCGGGAGUGACGUUUUGUACAAAUUUGAGGAGCUGCUCCCCGAGUCUAUCCGCCCAUGGGUUGACGAGAAGCUUCGAGCGCUGCGCCAAGCCCUCGUCGACAACGGCAUUUUGCCUGACGAUGACUCGGCCGCUGCGGCUGGCGAGUCACAGGCAGUCAAGGACGCCAAGUCGCGUCUCACCAGCGCCGAGAACGACCUCAAGAACCAGAAGAAAGAGCUCGAGAACCACGACAGCGACCUCACCAAGGACUACGGCCCGGACGAGAUCUUCCGCGCACUCAAGGGCCAGUGCGUCAGCGUCGACUCGGGCGAGUACACGUACGAGUUCUGCUACAUGGACAAGACGUGGCAGAAGCCCAAGAAACGGGGCGGCAACACCAACAUGGGCAACUUCGUCCGCGUCGAGACGGUCGUCGUCGACGAGGACGUCAGCCCCGACGGCAAGGGGCUGGGCUCCGGCGAGCGCGUCGCCCUCAAGUUCGAGAACGGCCAGCACUGCUGGAACGGCCCGAGCCGGUCGACCACGGUCAUUUUGGCGUGCGCCGAGAAGGACGAGAUCUGGAAGGUUGCCGAAGAGGAGAAGUGCGUGUACCGCAUGGAGGUCGGCUCGCCGUCCGUCUGCAUCCCUGCUCAGAAGCAGAAGAAGACUGAGGAACAGCAGUCGCGCGACGAGCUAUGA